ACAGCCACCAGGCUCAUGGCCGGGAUUUUGCGCUCAGUAGUUCAGAGGCCCCCAGGCAGACUACACACUGUGACAAAAGGUGUGGAGUCUCUCGUUUGUACAGAUUGGAUUCGUCAUAAAUUUACCAAGUCAAGAAUUCCAGAUUCAGUGUUUCAGGCUUCACCAGAAGAUCAUGAAAAAUAUGGUGGGGAUCCACAGCACCCUCAUAAACUGCAUAUUGUUACCAGAAUAAAAAGUAUAAAACGCCGUCCAUACUGGGAAAAAGAUGUAAUAAAGAUGCUUGGAAUAGAAAAGGCGCACACUCCUCAAGUUCACAAGAACAUCCCUUCGGUGAACGCAAAACUGAAAGUGGUGAAACAUUUGAUAAGAAUCAAGCCCCUGAAGCUGCCACAAGGACUUCCCACCGAGGAGGACAUGGCUCACACCUGCCUCAAGAGCAAUGGGGAGUUAGUGGUGCGGUGGCAGCUAACACCCGUGGACCAGAAAGCAAUUAAGUCCUAAUGCCAGAGCUGUUCCAGAUUCAAAAGUGCCGAUCGCUUUUAUUUAAAGAUGUUAGACAGUGUUCUCAUUAAAAUAUAUUUUAAAUGCUAGUCAUUUUUACUGACUAAA